UUGUUACACAUGUGCUCUUUAUCAUAUUAACAUGGCGGUGGAAGAUUGUAAUUUUGUAGAGGAAGAAAAGAUCUGUGAAGCUAUAUCUGCUUUGAGAGGAUUGAGCAAAAGAUGGGAAGAGAGAAAUGAAGGCAAGGAAAAGACUAAGCAACUUUUUGAAGACAAGUGUAAUAAAAUUGUUCAUCUUCAAAUUUCCUUGAAGAAGAUGCCAAGCCAAAAAUUUGUCAAAAUGAUAAAAAUAUCAUUACCACAUACUUUAAUGACUGAAGCCACCAAUGUGUGUUUGUUUACCGGAGACCUGAACAGGUGGAAUAUUAAGGCUGACAUAGAACCAACAAUUCAACACUAUAAGGAUUUAUUGGCAGAGAAAGGGAUUGACUGUAUAACUGAGGUCAUUCCAUUAAGACAAUUACGGACAGAAUUUAAACCCCAGGAAGCCAAACGACAUCUAGCUGAUGGUUUCAACAUUUUUUUGGCUGAUAAGAAAAUUAUGAACUGCCUUAUAGGACUUCUUGGAAAACAUUUUUUCAAAAAACAAAAAUACCCACUUCAAUUGAAUAUGGAAGUAGAAAAUUUGAAGAAAGAAAUUGAGAAAACUCUGAGUAAAACUGUAAUGUACGUGAGAGCCCGUGGAUCUUGCAGUACUGUACCAAUUGGUCAUCUCGAUCUCUCAGAUGACAUGAUAAAAGACAACAUCCUUGUGGUAUGUAAAAAGCUUGCUGAGGAAGUACCUGGAAAAUGGGAGAAUAUCCAUUCAUGUCACAUCAAAACUGACAAAUCUGUUGCUCUUCCCAUUUAUAUGUCAUCGGCAUCUAUAAACAAUGUUGUCUUGCCUAAGGAUGACCCUACUAAGAAACAGGUGGUGGGAGAUGUGACCACACUUCGAAAGACUCAUGUUAAAGUGUUUCCGGAUGGAAAAGUAUCAGUUGUACAAAACAGCAAUGCUGAGGAUUCAGACAACGAUCAAUCAGAAACUGAAGAACUGGAAAAAAGAAUGUUAAAGAUUGAAGAGAAGAAAAUGCAAAAGCUUAAACAUAAGCAGUUUAAAAGAAGACGACUCACAAAGAAGAGAAAGAGAAGCACUUUGUCUAAUGAGUUUGAUAAAACAGAGAAAGGAAAUUCCCCUGGAAAGAGGAUGAAAAAGAUUGAUUUUGAAAAACAUAAGACUACAGCUGCUGUAGACAAAGAUAAUUGAAAAAUUGGGUUAACCUAUGAAAAAAAAAUUAAAAUUUGAGUGAAGACUCAUUGUAAAAAGAAAUAAAUAUAUAAAUUUUGUGAGUUA